GCUCCGACCAGAACUCAGACCGAGCCGUCGGACCAACCGAAGCUAAACUCUAGCUUUCACCACGGAGUCCCACCUCCUUUGACACGAGAUCCACUCGAUCGCGGACGCUUUCUUCUUCUCUCCGAGGACAGCAAGGCUUUUCCCCCUUCUACCGACUUCCAGGAAGAAUCUUUGUCAAAGUUCCAGAAAGAAAAAGAUGCUCACCGGGAUGAAGAAAGUUCUUUUCCUGCCUUUUGCCUGCAUCUUCUUCUCCUGCCUGGCGGCAGGCCAGGAGUGCAGCGGGCAGUGCACGUGCCCCUCAAACCCCCCUCAGUGCGCCCCCGGCGUGAGCCUGGUACCGGACGGCUGCGGUUGCUGCAGGGUCUGCGCCAAGCAGAUGGGGGAGCUUUGCACCGAGAGGGACGCCUGCGACCCCCACAAGGGCCUCUACUGCGACUUUGGCUCCCCUAUUAACAGACGCAUCGGAGUCUGCACAGCGAGAGAGGGCGCCACCUGUGUGUUUGGAGGAAUGGUGUACAAGAGCGGUGAGAGCUUCCAGAGCAGCUGCAAGUACCAGUGUACGUGCCUGGACGGGGCGGUGGGAUGCGUCCCCCUCUGCUCCAUGGACGUGCGCCUCCCCAGCCCCGAUUGCCCCAUGCCUCGACGGGUCAAAGUUCCAGGGAAGUGCUGUGAGGAGUGGGUGUGCGACACUCCGCAGCACACAAACAGCUUCAUGGGCUCUGUUUUGCCUGCUUACCGCCAAGAAGAGACCUACGGUCCAGAUCCUUCCAUGAUGAGGGAGAACUGCCUGGUUCAGACCACCGAAUGGAGCGCCUGCUCCAAAACCUGCGGUCUUGGGGUCUCCACCCGGGUCACCAAUGAUAACCGCGAGUGCCGACUAGAGAAGCAGACCCGGCUUUGCAUGGUACGGCCCUGCGAGUCCCAGCUGGAGCAGAGCAUCAGGAAAGGGAAAAAAUGCAUCCGCACCCCAAGGCUCUCAAAGCCCAUGAAGUUUGAGAUCUCCGGCUGCACCACCACCAAGUCCUACAGACCCAAGUUCUGCGGCGUGUGCCUGGACGGCCGCUGCUGCACCCCCCACCGGACCACCACCCUGCCCAUGGAGUUCAAGUGCCCCGACGGGCAGGUGAUGAAGAAGCACAUGAUGUUCAUCAAGUCGUGCGCCUGCCACCACAACUGCCCCGGCGAGAACGACAUCUUCGAGUCCAUGUACUACAAGAAGAUGAUGGGCGACAUGGCGUGAUGGGGCCACCAGGGGGCGACCACGCGGCAGCUUUGUGACUUGAAAACAUCUCAUUUCGCAGCUCGGUAUAUCAAAAGCCUGCAAGUUUUUUGGUUUUAUUUUGAUCUUCUUUGCUGAAAAAGUAAGUCGGACGCGUGUCGUGUCCGUGGCGUGAGCGGCUGGUGCACUUUGAAAGCUCAGACGGAGAGUUGCCUCGCAGCUCAGAGAGAUUCCUGCACUAUCACGUCCAUGUUGGUUUGGGCAGCUUUUCCAAAUCAACCCGUCCAUUUUUUGCUCUCAAUUUUGACCUCCUCUGUAAAUGAGGUGUGUAAUAACCCCCCCUCACCCAUAGAGGGCGUCUGCAGACCACAGCAGGCCACCCUUCUUCCCUUUGCAAACAUGGCUGAAUAUGUGUGUGUGUUUUGUUUGUGUGUGCGUGUAUGUAUGAGUUUCCGCCCCAAGGAGGAAAAAAAAAGAAGUUAGGACGCACUGAAAAAAAGAAGAAGGAAACAAAAGAGUCUAUUUUGUACAUAAAUAGAAGGAAAAGACUGGAAGAAUUGUGAUUUCAUUCUUUUUUUGUGUAAAUGAUGUAUAUAUUUGUACAGUUUAAGUUAAUUUAAAAGCCAAAUUUGUUCUGUGCUUUGGAAAAUGUAUCAUUAGUGUUUCUUGGACGACAGUAUUUUGUACUAUUUUAUUGAGAAGUGUGACACAUUGUUACAUGUUUCACUUUGUAGCUGGAAAUAAAAAGGUUAUAUUUUUUGAUACAAACGUGA